AAAAAAAAAAAAAAAAAAAAAAAAAAAAAAGGAAAAGUGACGAGUUGAUGGAUAGAAAAUGGAAAGAGCUUUUGUCUUGGAUGGAGAAUGUAGAGGUUGCUCGUGGGAACUUGACAGAUGUGGCAACUCCGAGCGCGAGGAGCAUAUACAUGUGCACCCUGUGCUUGUGUAUGUGUGCAUGUUUUUUUUUUUUCUUUUUUCUCCCAGGAGAACUCGACGUACAUCCGGAUCUGGGUUUGAAAAAAAAAGAGCCGUUUUAGCGUUGGAGCACAGAGUCCAACAUCCGCCACGGUUUUUUGUGCAACCAUGCAAAUCAUGGACUUAUCCCGCAUUUUUUUUUUGUGCGAUGCACUCGACAUUGACCCACUUUAUUUUUCAAAAUGUAGACGUCUCAAAGGGCAGUUACUACGCCAACCCCCUGAUGGACGAACCCGAAUCCUCCCCCAUCCUCCAAUCCCAAUUCCCCGAAUACUGCCAUCCCAACGUCUGGCCCAAGGAUUCCCUCCCCGAACUCGAAGAAGCCUUCAAGGCCCUGGGCCAAUUCGUCGUCAAGAUCGGUUCCGAAGUCGCCAAGAAAUGUGAUGCCUUUGUCCAUUCAAAACUCCCAACCUUCUCUCCAACUCAUCUCCAGGACGUCAUCCGUACCUCCAAGACCACCAAGGCCAGAUUACUCCAUUACUACCCGCAGUCCGGUGCGCUCGAGGGCGAGAACCGGGAGGAUAUGGACUCUUGGUGUGGAUGGCAUCUCGAUCACGGUUCCCUCACGGGUCUCACGAGCGCCAUGUAUGUGGAUGAAUCCAAGUCCGAGCUCGAGGAGGUCAAUUGCCCGGAUAAGGAUGCGGGUCUCUAUAUCCGGAACCGUGGCCAACAGGUCGUGAAGGCCUCGAUCCCAAGAGAUCAUCUGGCCUUCCAGACUGGUGAGGCUCUACAGUUGGCGACGAGGGGCCUGUUGGCGGCAACCCCACACUGUGUGAGGGGCGCGACUCCGCCGGAGGAGGAUCCAAAGAGGUAUGCGACGCUGGCAAGGAACACCUUUGCGGUCUUUAUGCAGCCAUCCCUCGAGACCGUGGUCACAGAGGAUGGACGGAACUUUGGAGAGUGGACGAAGGAGGUCCUUGAUCGGUACUACGACAAAGAGUCCAAGGACAACAAGUAGUCUUUUAUUUUUCCUGGAAGAAAUAAAUCAAUUGAGCGCGCAGUGUCCUCUCUCUGCAUCGUUUGUCUUUAGUCUAUGAAGAUGCGUUCUUUGAGUCUGUCAACAACAGAUGCC